AAAUCAAAGUAGAAGUUGAACCUCACGUCUCGACCCUUGAAAAUGCCAUCCGUUCUAGUCUCAUAUUAUUCUGCUAUAUUUCUGAGCAAAUAGGAGAAGACAUUCAAGAUGACUCACAAUCAAUUUAGCAGUGGUUUAGAAUCGGCAAACUUGGUGGUGACCUCUGAUUUGGUACACCAAGCAUGGAGUGCGAUUGAGAAACAAAAUCAGAUAAAUCCAAAUGCAAAACCACAUUUAUGCAAUGUAAUCCAAGUAUCAAAUGUUACCCUCAUAGCAUUUGGCACCCCACUUGUCUCUUUUCCAGAACAAGAAAGCAUGGUUUCAUCAUCCACCCUGAAAGCCAACAAUUUCACUGAAUUUGAAUUCUUAUGCACCAAAAGCAUUGAAAGUUUCUCUAUUAAUCAAGCAGCAAUCAGCCUCUUUCGCUCCAACUUCGAUGAGCUGAAUCAGAAGAAAACUGAGUUGAUAGAGCUUACUCAGCUUAGCAAGAUUUCACUAAUAAUCAUCACCGGACAAUCUGUGGGAGGCAGUGUGGCUACACUUUUCACCUUAUGGUUAUUAAAAGGGCUCAAUUUAUUGAAAACCCUACGCCCCCUUUGCAUUACUUUUGGCUCACCCCUCGUUGGUGAUGAACAUUUCUGGCAAUGUAUGUUGCAAUUUACAACAUGGAAGUCUUCUUUCCUGCAUGCAGCCUCUAACCAAGAUCCUAUACCAAAACUAUUUCUAACUCGAAAUGGGAGUGGUGCUUAUAAGCCUUUCGGGUCAUUUCUAUUAUGUUCGUCAUCCGGUUGUGCUUGCUCUGAGGAUCAGGAUCUCAUUCUGGAACACUUGAUGACAAUCAAUCUUCAAAAUGGACGAAACGAAGAUCCUAAUGGUAAGUGGGAUUAUGGUCAAAUUUUGGAAGAUCUCAAGCAUAAGGCGUUAUAUAAAAGCAGUACCAUGUUGAUUAAAGAGGUAACAGAUCCACUUCAAGCAAGCAUUAUAACACAACUGCUAGCAAUUGGAGGUCUCACACAGCAACACUCUAGUAAAGAGAUGAAGAAUCUGAUUCGAAGGAUGAAAAAACAUGAGACAGAGUUGUUGAUUCAAAAGAAGAAGAAUUCCAGUUCAGACAAGAAACUAAGUAAGAUGAAAACGUGUUUGGCCUUGUUUGAGUGGUACAAGAAGGAGUCGAACAUUUUGAACACUGGAUACUAUGACAUGUACAAAAGGCAGUGCAAUCCAAGUGACAUGAAUGUGAAUGAGUACAAGAAAAGGCUUUGGAAUUUCUGGGAGGACGCAGUUACAAAAGUAGAGAACAAGCCUCAGUUGGAAGGAGCUCCCUUUGGGGUUCGUUGGCUUUGGGCAGGCACAAACUACAGAAGGAUGAUUGAACCACUUCAUAUUGCAGAGUUCUACAAGACAAGCGGCGCGAGUAAUUACAAAAAUGGUGGAAAAAGGCCUAAACAUUUCAUUCUGUUGGAGGCAUGGCUUGAGCAGAAGCAAGCAACACAGAAGCGAAAGCCUAAAAGACAGUUGGCUGCCACUUCAAAUGAGGAUUCUUGUUUCUGGGCAGAAGUAGAGGAUGCCCUUAUAUUAUGCAACCGUCUGAAGAAUGGAGAAUCAGUUAAUGAUGCAGAGAAGUUGGAGGAGUUUGAGGAGUAUGUGUGGGAUGGCAUCGAUAACCAUACCGUGUGCCCUGAUAUUUUCUCGGAGAAGGGAAGUUUUAUGCGAUGGUGGAAGGAGUACAAAGGAAUUGUUGGAAGUUCUUACAGUUCACAGCUUGCCGACUAUAUGAACAAUCGCAAUUACCGCAACUAUACAUGAUGUAGGGAGCCUCAGUGCCUCACUGGGUUGCAACCGCCGUUUUACGGAUAACGCUAUUGCUGUUCUAGAGCGCAGGAAUUUGAGGAGUCAUUAAAUU